AUGGGGAAUUCAUCUUCCACAUCUUCAACUUCCAUGCAACCUCCCGCUUCGAGUGCGUCGUCAACGAGCGCCACAACGAUCCCGCAUCAGAAUUCGAAAAAAUCCCGGAGCUCCAUGGACUGGUCAAGGGCAGGCCACGGACAGAGCGCCCAAGGAGCAGGCCUCGUUCUGGGGUUAGCCCAGAAUGGGCAGGGGCAGGUCACGGCAGCUGCGAGUGGAAGAGGGAAAAUGUCUUUAUUAGAGGAACAGCAAAUGCAACGUCAUGAAGAGCUGUUUAGCUCCCUUAAAGAUGAACUCGGUCUAAAGGGGGACUCGAGCCCUUCUUCCUCCUCUUCGUCCUCCUCUUCUUCAUCUUCUUCUGGGAGAAGGCACUCUUCACAUCCGUCCAAAGCCCUUCCGCUCCCAGAUGGUGGCAAUUUUCGAUCUUCCACCAUGGACGGUGGCCAUUUUAAGUCUUCCACUAACACAGAAAAUGGUGGACAUUUUAAAUCCUCCCCGUUAGAAAAUGAGACCGGUUGUCACCUCUCUACAUCCUCCUCUCCGCUGGCUUCCACAUCAGUUCUGACAACGCCCACUCCUGGUCUAACCACUCCCACAUCUGGACUGACCACGCCCACCUUCCCACCUGGUAGCCUAUCGGGGAAGCCCAUCGCAGUCCAGCAGAAGCCCACAGCGUAUGUCCGACCAAUGGAUGGCCAGGACCAGGCGCCCAGUGACUCUCCCCAGCUUAAACCCCCCUUAGUGGCCACAGAGGGAUUUAACAACAGUCAGUCUUACGGAGGAAACUCUGGGAAUGCGAAGAAUAAACUGCCAAAACUGAGUCUCAGCCACGCAGGGGAGGUCAGCCUACCAAAUGACUCCAGCUGUGUUGAAGAGAUCUUGCGGGAGAUGACCCAUUCCUGGCCUCCUCCCCUCACAGCCAUACACACUCCCGGGAAGGCUGAUCAGACCAAGUUCCCCAUUCCGACUAAGGAGUCACAGCAUGUGACCUCAGGCUACAACACCCAGAAGCGAUGUACUGUAUCAGCUAACAAGCCUGCUGCGAAACCACCAACUGCACCACAGAAGUCAAUGUUGGAGGAUGAUCUGAAGAUCAGCAGCGACGAGGAAGAGGCCGAACAGCAGGUGUCUGACAAGCCCAAAGCCAGAGGCACAGCCCUAAGUGGAGCUUCGGGGAGCAGCAGUGAAUCAGAGAGCAGCUCCGAGUCGGACACAGACGAAUCAGAGAGCAGCUCCAGCGACAGCGAGUACAAUCGGGCCUCCCGCACACACACUCCAGAGCCUGAGCCCCCCUCCGCCAACAAGUGGCAACUGGACAGCUGGUUGAACAAGGUCCAAGCUCAAACCAAACCCCUGGUUACCCCACAGAAAGAACAUGGCACAGGCUCCAUUACCCAGGGUCCGGGGACUUUCUCUCCAGGGAAUGGAGCACCAGGAGUGGGUGCGGCCGCCAAGACCAAGCCCUGUGGAUCCAGCAGCACCCCUGUUCCAGCUGCACCAGCGGUGGAACACAAGGAUACAAGGGGAGCCUUCUGCCCAGGCAGAGAGAAGGCCAAGGCCAAGCUCAGCCAGAAGGCCUCGGGGGAGGGCCAGAGGCCAAAGAUGAGGAUGUCACCGGGCCUGUUGUCAGCGCCAGAGGUCCCGACCCCGAGAAGGAUCACCACGGGGAAAAAACAGCCCAGACGGACGGAGAGGUCCAACACCCUGCAGCUAGGGAGAAGGACCUGUUGCCUCCCCCUGGAGCUUCAAAACCCCCUGAGGCCACGAAGCAAACCCCCCAGUGGGAAGACCGCCCCCAGGAAAGAACCUCGCAGUGCCACCAACUCAAACAGCAACACAGUGACUCCACCAGCGGCUCUACAGCCAACCCCCGUGCCAAUACCUGCCGUCACUGUAAACCAGGACAAGAGGAAACACAGAGGUCCGAGCACCAAAAUCACACCCAAGUCCCGGGAAUUCAUCGAAACAGAUUCCUCGUCCUCUGAGUGCCAUUCGGAUGCAGAGGAAGCCGUCAAAAACCCCCCUCUGCCGCCCCAGGCGACGCGCUCCGCGAUGAACACACAGACUCUGUCCAACACGCACGUGCACGCGCCUCUUCUCCCGUGCCUCGGCUCUGCUGUCAGCGUGGGGAGCCUGGGGACAUUCGGAGGGAAAGGACUUCGAGUCAAAGACGGUAGCAGUGUGACCACUAAUGGUAGCAGCUGUAGUAACAGUAGCAUCAGCGCUGGUAGUAACGGCAGCGGCAGUAGCUGUAACUCGCUAAGCAUUAGCAACAUAAGUGGUUCCUUUGGCACUUCUGUUCCUGAUCCCGGAGGGUUAGCAGGACAGUCCAAAGACCCGGAGUCCAUGUCCCCGCCUUCCAACAUCGGACACGAGGUGCCUCUGUCCCCCUUGAGGGAAUACCAAGGGAUCCAGAGUUUAUGGGUGAAAAUUGACCUGAGUUUGCUCGGCAGGGUGCCUGGCCAGGGUUCGGGGGAAAGGUCCAUGGUGGGAAUGGCAGAAAGGGACGGAAGUGAAGGGAGGGACAGAGACAGAGAGCGACAAGGUGAGAGGGAGAGGAUAGGGGUGGCCGAGAGAGAAAGACAGAAGCAGGCUGAGAGAGAGUGGCCCGGGCUGAGAGAGAGGCUGAAGUUACCUAAGGGGGAGAAACAGGAAGAGGAAAAUGAGCGAUUAGUGCAGGACAGAGAGAGGCAAGGUGACAGAGACAGAUUAGCAGAGAGAGAGAGGCAGAUGGACAGAGAGGACAGAGAAAGAUUGGGGCUUGGGGAGAGGGAGAGGGAGAGGGAGAGGACGACGGGGAAGGACAGAGAGAAGGUAUGCCAAGGUGUGGGGGUCCUGGACAACCCCCCUGUACAAGAGCAGAGUAAUCCCAGGCUGGCAGGGAGGAUGGAGAGAGGAGAGAACGGAGGCAAACACAGGAGGCAGGCAGCUGGAAACAUGGUGGUCCCAACAGAGAAACACACCAGCAAGAGCAAGAGGAAACACAAGUCGGACCACAGCGAGUCAUCGGUCAACGGCAAUAAGAAGCUGCGAUUGGACAAAGACUGUCUGCUCCUCCCACCCUGCAUCUCUCCAAUACACAACCACAAGAACAGCUCCACAGAUAGCUCCCUAAACAGGAAGCAGUCUCGACGGCGCGAUGACAAGCUGCUCCCCCCGCUCCUGUCCCCCCUCUCUGACGAGCCCCCUCGUAAACGAACCUGUGACAGCAGUUCCUCCCUCAGCCAGGACGCCGCCACCGCCCCCGGGAUGCUUCCCUGUUCGGCCUCUUCCUCUUCCACUUCCUCUUCCUCUUCCUCACACAGACACAGGAGAGGGGAAGGCAAGGCGUCAUCACGUGCGAGAAACGGCAGUGAAGUGGAUACCCACGGCGAGAAGCCGAGCGGAGAUGGUUACCAUGCCAACGGGCAGUCAGAUUCAGAGGCGUGGUCGGAACCUGCCGAACCUCGCAGGCCAAGACUCUCAUUUAGCGACACAGUCCACAGCGCAGACUACUACAUGCAGGAGGCCAAGAGACUGAAGCACAAGGCUGACGCUUUGAUGGACAAAUUUGGGAAAGCGGUGAACUACGCCGACGGCGCCCUCUCCUUCAUAGAGUGUGGAAAUGCUAUGGAGCGAGAUCCGCUGGAGGCCAAAUCACCGUAUACCAUGUACUCUGAGACUGUGGAGCUAAUCAGGUAUGCCAUGAGGUUGAAGAACUUCACCAGCCAUUCAGCCUCCAUCGCUGAGAAGAAGCUAGCUGUGUUGUGUAACCGCUGUCUGUCUCUGCUGUAUCUGAGGAUGUUCCAUUUGAAGAAAGACCACGCUGUCAAGUACUCGCGGUCGCUCAUGGAGUACUUCAAGAAUUCAGGCAAGAGUUCCCACCAAGCACCCUCUCCCUGGAGGACCAAUGGGAAGGUCAAUGGGACUCCAUCCCCCCUCUCACUCUGCCCCUCCCCAGCCAGCAGCGGCGGCGGUGGAGGAGGAGGAUCUGGAGGCGCCCUGGGCUCGUCAGGAAGUGUGGCUAUUCCCCAACGGAUUCACCACAUGGCCGCCAGUCACGUUAACAUCACCAACAACAUCCUGCGGAGCUAUGAACACUGGGAGACGGCUGACAGACUGGCCACUGACAGCAAAGAGUUCUUCCAGGAGCUGGACUCGGCGAUGGAGCCGUUGAGUCAGCAGAGCAGCAUGACAGAGCUGGUCCGACACAUCAGGCAGGGACUGCACUGGCUCCGCUUAGAGGCUCACCUGCUGUAAGGACUGGACCAGAGCCAAAAUAUUAAAAAAAAUAAAAAAAGAAAUAAAAAGAAAUGGGCCUGGGAGCUAGAACUGGCAUAACAAGUGAGAUAAGACUCCUGACAAUGCUUCAGAUCCCACUGGGAUCCUUCAAAUGACCCGACACCACCCAUAAUCAUGUAACGGCAUAGAUUGGGUGGAUUAAUUGGGCUGAAAUUCACCUGCAAUUAGGACUGAACAGUAAUUAAGUUUGGGAAUUUUAACUGUGAAUCACAGAAUACAAAUGAGCACAUUAAAAAGUUGGCUGAUGCUGCUUUUUGGAGCAACUGAAUAUAAGCGCUUAAAUUCCUAAAGCGACAAUAGAGGUUACAAGCCUCCCUGUGUCCCUGAAUAGAAAUAAGAAGCAGAGAGGAAAGGUAAAAAAAGAAAGAAAAGAAAAAAAAGACAGGUAUAUUUUCAAAAAUAUAUGCUAGAGGCUGAUCUGAUUAAGGAGCCCGAA